AUGACCGGCCUCCAUGACAAGCGCGCCACGAGCGAGUCCCGGAGAGCCAAGCGCCCUGAGCGGUCGAAGCCCGAGUCGAAGGUGGCGGAGCCUCCGGCACGCCGGGCCAAGCGCGCCGAGAGCCAUGUUCCUCUGCGCAAGCGCGAGUCUGCGAGGCUUGCGCGACCACCCCGCCCCCUGGACUCGGACUUGGAAGGUGCAGUCGCGCCGCCUCCUCCUCCUCCUCCUUCUCCUCCAGCACGCCGCGCCGAGACCCCGGCCCCUCCGCCCAAGCGUCGAGCGGCGAGGGUUGCGCGACCACCCCGCCCCCUGGACUCGGACUCGGAGGGUGCGGUCGCGUCGCCUCCUCCCCCCGCACGGCGCGUGGAGGCCCCGGCUCCUCCGCCCAAGCCCGAGCACUCCGUCCCCCCUAAUUGGCAUCGCACCGCGUACAGACUCCGCAACCGCGUCGUCCGGGAUACCAGCAACCGCAAGCUCGCCCCCAGUCGCUACGACAACGGGAUAGAAAUUAAGCAUGAUCCAACAUGGCAAACUCCGACGUGUGCACGUGUGGCUUUGGAACACUACAACAACAUGAAUCAGGGGGAUGAGCAUGAGAUGGUUAAACCAGUGAGCAGCCAUGUCUUUGUCUUCAAUGGUAUCUGGUUCCAUGCGAAUUUCCUUGCUAAGCGAAAAGGAGCCACCAACUGUGUUGAUCUUGUCCCGAAGUACUUCUUUGCUGAAUCGGAAAUUGUGGGGACGAGGAAAAUAUCUUGUGUUUCAUGUGUUAAGCUUGACCCAGGCAAUCCCAAAAACAAUGGUGGUUGUAGCCUGUGCUCUGAGAAUAUCCUGCAUCCUGCUGGGGGUGGAUACCACAGUGCCCAAGCUCGAUCUGUUCGACAUGCUCCUGGUGGCCUACAGAUUUCAUUCAAGUUCUGA